AUGAAAUCUUUGCGACUGGUAGGUAACGCGAGUAAAGCAAGGGGAUCUCGACCCCUACAUUCAUCUGUGGUAAGGAUGGACGACGAAUCAAUACGUCUCAAGGACCUAUACGCCAAGUUCCAAGAUCCCACAUCGCAUUAUCAUAUCCCUCCAGGAACGAACGGACCGGAACAUGAAGAGGAUCAUUCGUCAUCCAGAGAUCCAAGAUUAAUCUCGAGGUUUAAAGCUGGACGGGAUCGGGCGCAGAGUAAGCCCAGCUCAGCUAGAUUAGGUGUACCCGAGACUAGACCUUCGAUACAGUGGUCUUCGCCUUCACCGGACGGCGGGAGAAGUACGCCCCAUGAUAGACCUUGGUUGGAGGAUGGUAGUGAGAGCAAAAAGAAGGCUUUGGAGUAUUUCAGGGAACAGGGAUAUGAUACGGCAGGAGUAUUGACUUGGCCUGUGGCUUGGGGAGAUUGUGAUACUUAUCGCCACGUCAACAACGUUAGAUUCUUAGAAUGGAUUCAGUCCGCUCGAAUCAGGUAUGCUGAAAGUUGGGCAGGGGAGAUGCCAGAGGGGUAUAUACAGAAGAUGACGGCAGGAAAAGGUACAGGAUUUAUAUUGAAAGAUGUUUCCCUCAAAUACAUCGCACCGGUCAAUUACCCUGAUACUGUGAUGGUGACAAAUCAGAUACAUUCAAUUAACCCGGACAAGGCAUCCUACGGACAUAAACACUUGAUAUGGUCCCUAAGGGAUGCAAGAGUGGCUGCGAUCGCCGACAGCACGAUCGUGAUGUACGACUACGAUAAUUUGAAGAAAGGCAAGAUGAGUGAUGAGUUUAGGGAAUUGCUGGAAGGUGUAGUUGAUAGCUAUGGCAAGUAG